UUAAUAAGUGUGGAAGUGUGGAUACCUUGGACUGUACCCCGCCACCGGCGCUGCCCCCGCGGCGCCCGCCCUGGCCGCCAAACAGUGAACUCAGUGCAGCAACACUCAGGAGCAUUGGGGUAGCUGCUGCCUCGGUUUGUCCUAGUUCAAGUUCAAGUUGCUGUGCUUCGUCAACUGCAUCGUCACCUGGGACAACGAGGGGUAGACAGGGGACUGUGGCGAGGUGCAAUCCACCAGUGAGGUGUCAACAGACCCCGCCGCCACCCCCGUCACUCGUACCGCCACAAUACCCAGCACCACCCAGACCGCCAAGUCGAAACGGUGGGGAUGAAGUGCGUGUUGCGAGGGCGGGUAGCGGCCGGGAGACAAAUGGACCAAUCCGUGGAUUAUCAUCACCGCGUGGCGGUUGGUCAGUGCGUGCUGGUACCUCAUCAUCAACCCCAUCCCCAACAGCAUCCAACCAAUUACAAUGGAACGAUCGUAUCACCGUAUCACCACUACCAUCGCACCGUGAAUGUCCACCAGUACCCCAGUCGAUCACAUCAUCAGGCAAUUCACAGUCAUCAAAUAACCAGGGUGUGUCGAACCCCAGAUGGCCGGAGCGUUUAGAACUCCGGGGAGUAUCACCACUGAUGUCAACAAAUGGACAAAAUACGCCGUCACGGCCGCCCUCGUCGGCCUCAAGCGGCUCAUCAACUAGUAAUUUACCACGUGUCCACGGGCACGAUCACACGAGGCCAUUGCCACCACCGAGAUUGGAGCAAGUGCCCCAGGUCUCCACAAUAGUUGUACCAUUAACAGCACCACUGACACCUCUAUCAACAUCAAGCAGUUUUAGAUCGCGUGCACCACUUGCAGCCCUCAACGACAGCAUCCUAUCGUCAUCGCGAAACGAAAGAACUCAAGUUGGUGAAGUCACCCUUACAGUGCCACGUCCCGACGGUGAAAGGGCUGUUAACGAGUACGUGGAAACACCAUUCAGACAGCAGCAACAGCAACAGCUACAGCAGCAGCAGCAGCAGCAGCAGCAACAGCAACAGCAACAGCAACAGCAGCAGCAGCAGCAGCAACAGCAGCCGGAACAGCAGAAUUCGAAUCCGAAUCAGCAUCAGCGACAGCAGCAGCACCAGCCAGCACCAAAUUUAUCGAGUCAAAAGUGCCUGAAGAACGAGAGGAGGCAUCACCAUCAUCAGCCCAAUCAGCACAAGAGUGAUGGACGAAUCCAUCCACGAAGACAUCAACAGACACUACUCCAAUCAUCACCAGGUGCACCAGUUACUAAACAACCAGUGUCAUUUACCAAGGAGCCAGCCAGUACUAUAACACCUGGCACUAUUGGUAUACGUCCUAAUGACCCUAGUCUAUCGAUAAUGUGCGAUUUUUGUGGCAAGUGCAGGUGUGAAUCAUGCAGGGAGCCACCGCCAUUGCCAAGCCGUUGGCUAUGCGAUAAUACGUGUUUCUGUUCAGCUGAGACUGCACUGGAUUAUGCAUCGUGUUUGUGUUGCGUUAAGGGGUUGUUUUAUCAUUGUGGGGAUACUGGGAGUGGUGGGGACUCGGAAGCUGGGGGUAGCUGUGCUGAUGAGCCUUGCUCUUGCUCAGGAUCUAGAAAGGGAUCGAGGUGGGCAUGUUUGGCAGCAUUGACUAUGGUUUUACCCUGUCUAUUGUGCUACUGGCCACUCAAAGGUUGCGUUACUAUCUGUGAGGCUUGCUAUGCAAGACAUGCUGCACAGGGAUGCAGAUGUGAUCCCAAUGCUAGGCAUCGCAAUGAUAACGAUAUCCUAGUUGCCAGGGACUCCAGAGAUCCUGAGAAGAGACUACUCGAUCCUGUUACCCCCGAAUUGUGAGAUUUUUAACCGUUUUUUUUUUUUGUUUUCCUUCUUUCCUCUCUCUCUCUCUCUUUCUCUCUCUCUCUCUUAAGGACGUAUCUGUGAGGAUUUUUGUUUUACGGAAAGUACCAAAGUGAGGAUUAGAGUGGAUUUUAAGUUGUGUGUAUUGAUAAAGGAACGCGAGUUUGGGAGAUACAAGUGCGCUAUUAGUACAAGAGUUGCAUUUAAGGGCGAUUUGGGAAGGACUGUUUAUUUUUGGAUGCCCAAGUGUCGUUUUUUCUCAUAUUUUUUUUUUGUAUUUAUUAUUUUUUUUUUUUUCGUUCUUUCUUUUGAGGGACUUCGGGCGGAAUGAAGUGUGCGAUAUUUCUUUUUGUCGGGGGUGAAUGCGCUCUCGGAGAAUGGACAAAUUACCGGAUUCUGCGUUGUGGGAAGGGAAAAGAAAUAUUAUGAGUCACACAUACACACAGAUUUAAACAGAGACAUGUACACGACACUUACAGCAUAGAUAGCGGUAUAUAUUAUAAAUAUAUAGAUAACUAUAUGAUGCAAGGAAUAAGAAAACACGCAAAACAAGAAAUUAAAUAUAUUGUAUAUUACAUUUGUAUAAAGCAAACAUAAAAAAAAAAAACUUUUCUACAGUUUAAUUUAUUCGUGGGCGUCGUCGAUAUAUGAGACCGCGGCAGGCUCCAGGUAGAGGAAAUCAGUGGAUUUUUUUUUUGGUUUUGUAGUGCGAGAAAAAUUCUGAAAAUUCGGGUGAACCCAAUGUAAGCGUUACGUUGAAUUUCUAGAAUUUUUUUUUUUCAAUCAUGCCUGAUGUUGGUGGCAAAAUUUUGGGGUGAAUUUCAGAUGAAAUUGGGGAGAUUUCAGGCGAUUGCUGAUGAGUGAACAGAUGAGAGAAAUGGGGAAAAAGGCGUCGGGUGGGUUCGACUUUAUUAAUUUUCUUUCCAGUAUUAUCUAGUCUUGUGAACGUUUCGUCAACGUGGGAAACGAGGAAGCAGGUUUUCCCUCAUUCUGACAAAAAAUGAAUAGAUGGAGAAAAAAAAAUGAAUGAAAGGGUGCAGGAGUGGUACGAGGGGAGAGGCCAUUCGUACGCUCUUACACUGUGGUAUCGCCAUUUUGUUUUAAAACCGACUAAUUAAUUGCCUUUUUAAUCAGGGAAAGCCUGUGUGUGUAUGUGUGCAUAAGAAUGGGAGAAAUGUUUACAAAGCAAAAUAAAUAUAUAUAUUAAUUAGAGCACGAAUUUUGUUUUUCUAACCAACAUGUAAUCUCUUUCGGUUCGAGGCGUAUUUAUAAUUGAAAUUAAUUUAAUAACUUAUUCGACAACUAGUGGAAAUGUUGAAAAUUCGAAAAAAAAAGAUAUAUAUAUAAAUUGAAUACAACACGUGGUAGACUCGAGCCAGAAGUAGAUAAGGAAAACCAGGGAAAUUAUUAAAUCCGCAUAUACACACAAAAAUCUAGGGCUUUAGGAUGUUGUAGAUAUGAAACUGCAAGGGUGAAGAUAUUUUCCAUUAUUUCGAUGUUUUUUCUUGUCUUUUAACUUGCAGUUUUAUUCUUAAAUGGAGAAAAAUGAAUAGGAAAACGUACCACAGACAAAAUGCUAAAACUAUACUCUGUAUGCGGACACGUUGAUGUAUAAAGUAAUGAAAAAACAACACGAUGUUUAAAAUGAAAAACAAUACAAAAAUUAAGAUAGAUAGGUGUGAGUGAGUGGAUGAUUGUGAGCGAUAAACCCAAGCUAUUCAAAUUCAAAUGAAUGAGUUCAGUAGCCGAGAGGUUCAGAGGUUAAUCGAACAACAAUAAUGACAAUAUCUCGGAAUCUGAUGGAGAUAUUGAAAUUUUUUGUAGGACAUUUGUUGUUCAGCGGAUUGAGAGGUACAAAAAAGGUCGUCACAAAAAUCUCACUAUCUCCCGUUCAUUCCGAGUUAUUCCUCGAAAACUUUUCUAUUAGUCAAAUCAAUUUUUUACCGAGUUGACUCGUUUCUCGGUCGAGUUUUCGGGAGAUAUCUCUGAAUCUGGGCUAGAUAGCGAGAUUUUCAUUGGAACCUUUUUUGCAGAGUGAAAGAGCCUUUGCAAAAAAGGUUCUCACCAAAAUUUCGCUGUCACCGUGGGAUUCUGAGAUAUCCCUCGAUUAUUCAACCAUCCGCCAAAUCGACUUCUUUUAUCUCUUGGCUACUGAUUUUAUUUUAUUCAGGGGAAAAUUCACUCGAGACGAGUUCAGAAUUUUUCCCCGAAAAGAGUGAACACUGGAAUCAUUAACAUGAAUGAUACUGAAUACAUUAAAAUUACAUUAAAAAAAAAUAGAGACUCGCCGAACGAAAAAGAAAAACCCAAAAGGAAACACCCCUUCACGUUAACGUUUAAGCCUACACGCUCUGUAUAUGUCUUGUAAAUAUAUAUUUGAAAAAAUCGAUAAAAAAAAAAGUCUUAUCACUGUUCCAUUUAUCGUC